AAGUAAAAUGUCAAAAUGGUGACAAAUCGUCUAAAUAUCACGGAUUCUUGUUAAAAUGUUUGAAAUUGAGGCGACUUUAUGUCCAUAAUCUAAUAUGCUGAAGUAAUACAUCAGGAUGAAGCUAGAAGAUUUUAAAAUUCAAUUUUUUGAGAAUCAGCGAGGGGUGUUUUGUGUAGGAGAUGAGGUCAAAGGAAAAGUUUGUAUCAACCUCAGGCAGCCCAUGAAAAUGAGGACUAUCAAGAUAUAUUUUGAAGGGAAGGGAAAAUCACAUUGGGAGGUGAAACAUGGCCGAAGUAAAACAGAUUACAGAGCAAAUGAAACGUACAUAAAUUCGACAUUAGUUUUGUACGGUGGAGCUGAACCAAGUAGUUCAGCAACAGAACAUCCAGCUGGUUACCAUGAAUACGAGUUUGGUAUAAGACUGGGUCCCACGCUGCCGUCAUCGUUCGAAGGAAAACGAGGAUAUGUACGAUAUUUCUGUAAAGCUACGAUAGACAGGCCAUGGAAAUUUGAUGAAAAUACUAAAAGAGCUUUUACUGUGAUACGACACUUGGAUUUAAACAGUCUACCAGACUCAGCUUUCCCUGUGUUUGGAGAAGAAAAUAAGAAUAUAGAGGGUUGUUGUUGUUCUAGAGGAUCUGUCUCGGUACAAUUAAUGUUAAAUAAAAAAGGUUUCGUGCCAGGUGAGCCGAUGGUGUAUACUAUUGAUAUUAACAACGCCAGUGAUUAUUCUUGUGAUGGCGUACGACUUGAACUCAGACAGACUGUAAACAUUAUGACUUAUUGUUUACAGACUUUCUGUAGGGAGCUCUGUUUGGUUUUUUUCGCUAGUAUCAGAUCCCAUAAGACAGAUCAAAUCAGUCAAUCUGUGCUCAUCCCUGCCCUGCCGCCAAGCAAACUGGACGGGUGUGGAAUUAUUGAUGUCAAAUAUGCAGUUCUUUUAACAGUGCCAGUGAAUUGGUCGUCUGUACAAAUAGAGCGAGAAAUAGUCAUUGGUACCAUUCCCUUACAUCAAGCAAAUCCUCUGCCUUCCUAUCCUGCUAUAGGAGUUCCUUCCCUUGAUAACCCAGCUUCAGCGCCUCCAAUGGAGCCACCACCGUAUAUUGAACCUCCGCCAGCGUAUGAAGAUUGUGUUUUUGGUGGAGCGAAUAUUCGUGAUGAGCACGAUGAUGAACAUACAUCCGGGCAGACACAAUGGACACCAGCUUACCCUUAUUAUACGUGGGAUAAUAGGAGACCACCCCCUGCAAUCCCUUCAGCCCCUCCCCCAGCAUACGACGCCUAAUUGUGAUUCCAUCAAACAUCGUUAAUGUGAUUUCUGCGAUUGUGAGUCCAGUUCUAGAAACAUCCCAACUUUGUAUCCCUCUUGAUUGGUUGAUAUUUAAAUAGUCAUUGUUUUGACCAAUCAGAGAGCUUAAUAUGAUAUAGUUAGGAUGUUUCUAGCAGCAUACCCCUGUAUCAUAUAAUUUAGCAUAACUUUUACGAAAGACAUGUAAUUAUUAAAUUCUGCACUUUUAACGGCCCCUGAUAUAUAUAAGUAUGUUUUAAUUUAGCUGUUAAUCGGCCUCCAUGAAAAUCCAUGAGCAAUGAGAUUAGAAAUGAGGCCAAUUUCAUGAAAUUUAAAGUGACUAAUCUUCCAAUAUUUAAUAGUUAGAAUUAGUUUU